AUGACUCUUCGCUCCAAAAUAACUCGCCGUUUAGGCGACCCUGGCGACCCCACUACAACCGAGCUGAAACCUCUCAGCCCGGCCCGUCCCAAGCGAACCGACCAGGCUGACAGUAGCUCUGCAGUAACAUACGAAGAUAUACGCGCUCUCAGGAAUGACUGGCUCACCGAUAAUGUACAUCUCCAAAUCCCCUUGCCAAAUCCCGAACCAUGGGAGCUUCGCAUCGGCUCUGCCCAUUCGCAAGGACCAUGGCUCGAACGAGAGAUCCUCCCUCGAUACCCCCAAGCCCACAUCGUCUUACUCAGGCCGAGUAUGACAUUCCUCCUUAUGAAGGAGCCCGACGUGAACUGCAUCCGUAGCGCCCUCCCCGACUUCUCUCGCUGCACCCACAUCUUCCUCCCCAUCAACGAUAAUCGCUACGUCAACCAAGCCGAAGGAGGUUCGCAUUGGUCUCUGCUCCUCGUCAGCAAGAUUGACCGUGUCGCCUUCCACUACGACUCUCUCGGCGCGUCAAACCGCGAAGAGGCCAAGGCCGCCACGCGGGCCCUUGAGAGGGUGCUCCGUGUCAGCCUACGCUUCCACCACCUCGAGGAUACCCCACAGCAGGAGAAUGGCAGCGAUUGCGGCGUCUUUGUGUGCAUCAUCAUGAGGCACCUGCUUAUUAAGCGGCUGCUGAGUGCCAACGCGCGAGAGAAGGUGUCGAUGAGCAUGGCGAACAAAAUGGUGGACUCCAACGGUGGCCGUAAAGAGAUGCUCAAGAUAAUAGAGAGCUUCCGGAAAGAGGGUACGAAGUUCGUCGCCGUAUACCUCGAAAUCUAA